GAGUGUCGCGCUGCGCCUCGGGAGGGAGCGGCGGCGGUGGGGGCUGCGCAACGGCGGAACGCCGCCCGCCGUACGGAGGGGCACCGGGGCCGGGCGGGCCGCGAGCGCUGGGCUCCGGGCAGUGCCGGGCCGCGCCGCGGGGACUCUCCGGCGCCUGUUGGGGCCGUUUCCCCUCCUCCGGCCCUGAGCGGCGCGCCGGCGGCGGCCGCUUCUUCCUCCUCGGCCUCGCUGCUCAGAUAUCAAAGGAUCAAGUUGCAUCUUUCAGAAGGAGUGCAUGUACCAACCAGAGGAGUGAAAGCAGUAAUUCCCUCAUUCUUUCCCAUCUGUUUGUUAUCUGAUGCAGUUAUAUUUUGGAAUAAGCUUACCCGGUUGCUUUACUCCCAGCUUCUUUCCUGAGCAAGAAGAGGGGAAAGGCUGCUAUGAUAUUUCUGCUGCUUUUAUGCAUGUAAAGCCACAGCAGUCAGGAAAGAGCUGCUCUCGUACACAGCAGAAUGACAAAUUCACGGAUCACUUCAAGCAUAAUGUGAUGUGAGCCAAUUGCAUUGUUAAACUACUACAAAGACAGCUAUUCAGAGGUGUUUCUACAUACAUGCAAAGGACGCAUUGACUGCAUAGGAAGAGUGAAGCAUACUCUUGUGGUUAAGAGUGAAUUUUCAGAGCCCCUGGGAUUGACUGCUCAGCUCUGUCAGCUUGAGAAGCAGCUACCACAUUUUCAUGUGAGGAAAAAGCAACACUGAAUGGAAAUGGCAGCUUAAAAAAAAAAAUCUUGUACUGUGGACUUGUGAUUCCUUCAUAAGCAAAUGAUUGUGGAAAAUUAAUAUAUUGGGAAGGAAAAACAGAAAGCAUAUUAUACCACUGAAGAGUGGUUUGCAGAUAUAUCUUCUGACAACUGAAGAGACACAUGAAAGUAUGGUUCUACCAAACAGAGGUUCGUAGCUGUCUCCAUCUUGACUUUAAUCUUGCCCAGUGCUCCGUUUGCCCCUCUUAUCAUCAGCUCUCAUUAUCAUAGGAUUUAGACCAGACUCUUUAAGAUGACCUCUAUGAAAGAAUACCUUAAGCAGUGCAGUUCAGGGAAACACAGACAAUGUUUCUGCAGAAGCUGGAUAAGAUUAUGAAGACAGUAAGACACUUCAUCUAGACUGAGCAAUGACAAGAAAAUACUGUUAUCCUCUGAUUUCCCUUUGUAAUGAUAAAUCACGGACUCUACAAAGGAUGGAAGAGGCACUUGCUGAGUGUGCAGGAUGAGCUGGCUGCUGACUUCAGAACGUUAACAAAGACUCUUUAUGAUUUAAAUAAAGCUCUUGGAAGCAGUGUAGUUCGUGGAAGUCCUCUGAAAGAGCUGGUGAUAGAGAACUUUGAUGAAGAACAGAUCUGGCAACAACUAGAGCUCCAGAAUAAUGCGGUUCUUGAUGUCUUCAAGAAGUCUGUUGCACAGUGUACCAACGAUAAAGACCUUUGCCUGAUCUCUGACCAAGAAGAUGACAGCUCUGAUGCAGAAGCCAUCAGUGAUAGUGAAGUAGGAGACACGAUAGAAGCAGAAACCGAACAGGAUAAUGCCUAUACAAAACACAAAACUGAAGCUAAAGAAAAGAAAAGUAAACCCAGAGAAACCGUAAUAGAGGAAUACAGUGAUGAAGAUUCUGAUGUUGACUUUGAUAUUGAAGCACUAGAGCAAGAAACAAAAACAGCCAAGAAAACAGCAGUGAAAAACACAGGAAGAAAGUCUGUAGUGGAUGACAAAUUUUUUAAGCUGGCUGAGAUGGAAGCUUUUCUAGAACACAUGGAGAAGGAAAACGGGGAAAGGGAGGAGGAGGAGGAGGAAGAUGAUAUUGACUAUUUUGAAGACAUUAUCUCAGAGGAUGAGGAAGAAGAAUUUGAAGAAGCUAAAGUCAAACCGGUUAAAAGUUCUAGAGAUCUAACGUACAAAGAUUUCUUUGAUCCUGUUGAUGACAAUGAUGACUUAGUAGCUAAUGAUGCUGAGGACUAUGAGGACGAGGAAGCAGAUAGUGCUAUUGAAAAGGAGAAUGAAGAAAGCAUGUCUGAGGCUGAGGAUAUUAAUGAAGUGGUCACGGAAAACAUGAGAAAUAAAAAAGUUUCUUUUAGUUUGCCAGAUGACAGUGAAACAGAAGAUGUUAUGGAUAUGCAAUUAGAGAGGGGUAUUGAUCUCAAUGAGACUAAGUCGUCUUUUGAGAAGAGACAGGAAAAGAUGAGUGAAAAAAUAAAAAGUUUAGAAGAAGAGUUGCUGGAGGAGAAACCUUGGCAGCUUAGAGGGGAAGUGACUGGACAUAAGAGACCUGAAAACAGCCUUUUGGAGGAAACAGUACUCUUUGAUCAUGCAGUCCGAAUGGCUCCUGUGAUCACAGAAGAAACUACUUUUCAACUUGAAGAUAUCAUCAAGCAGAGAAUAUUGGAUGAGGCAUGGGAUGAUGUAGUACCAAAAGAAAGACCAAAAGAGGAUGCCUUUGAAUACAAGAAACGCAUUACCUUGGAUCAUGAAAAGAGUAAAUUGAGUCUGGCUGAGAUCUAUGAGCAAGAAUACUUGAAACUUCACCAGCAAAAAACAGAAGAAGAAGAAAAUCCUGAGCACAAAGAAAUUCAGGAGAUGAUGGAUUCGCUUUUCCUAAAACUGGAUGCGCUUUGUAAUUUCCACUUCACACCCAAACCACCUGUGCCAGAAGUUAAAAUAGUGUCAAACCUGCCAGCUAUAAGUAUGGAAGAAGUAGCACCUGUUGCUGUUAGCGAUGCUGCUCUCUUAGCACCAGAGGAGAUCAAGGAAAAGAACAAAGCUGGUGAUGUAAAAACAGAUGCAGAAAAGACUGCCACAGACAAAAAACGAGAGCGGAGAAAGAAAAAGCUUCGUAAACGUAUAAAGCUCAAGGAAAAGGAAAAACGGCAAAAACUUCUUGAAAAGAUGAAACCAGAACAAGGCACAAAGCUCAGCAAAAAAGCUGCUGCAGCAAAAUUAAAAAAGCUGACAAAAGAAGGCAAAGCGUCACUACUCAAGGAUGAAGGAAAAGACAAGGCCGUGAAGUCAUCCCAAGCCUUCUUCUCCCAAUUACAAGAUCAAGUGAGAAUGCAAAUCAAAGAUGCAAACAAAUUGAAGAAGAAACAGAAAAAGCAGAAAGAUGUCUCUGUCCAUAAACUUAAAUUAUAAUUGACUUUUUUUAUACGUACUAGAUCUAUAUCUAUCAAUACAUAGAGAAACUGUGUUUUAAUGCUGAAUUGGAAUGGUUAUUAGUCUUUGUACAUCAUUAAAAUGUCCUGGGAAGGUCUAAACUGUGAUAAA